UGGAGGAAAAUGAUAAGAAAAGAUUAAAAAAAAAAUACAAAAUUGAGAGAGAAGAUUCAGAGAGAGACAGAGAGGUUGCUCGAUUUCCAGUUCCGAUCUCAACAUUGAAGGCAGCGAGCGAGCUGCAAUUGUAUGUGAAUGGAGGGGCUGGCGUCUUCUACCGAGGAGCUGAAGAAGAAUGUGGAGCAUCAUGAGAAGAAGAUGGUGAUGAAGAAGAAGAAGAAGAAGAAGGAGAGAUUGGGGUGGAUUGAAUGGUUGAGAGGUUGGAUGUAUGUCAUUCACGAGAUGCUAUUUCAGAGAAUCGUUGCCAGCCAUCUCCAGAAUCCUAUGCCUCUCCCUCCCAUUAACGACCUUACUUGCAUUGUCACCGGAUCGACCAGCGGUAUUGGCCGCGAGAUUGCCAGGCAACUGGCUGAAUCAGGGGCACAUGUUGUCAUGGCAGUGAGGAAUCCAAAGGCUGCUCUCGACUUGAUUCAGAAGUGGCAAAAUGAAUGGUCUGGCAAGGGGCUUCCUCUCAAUAUUGAGGUAAUGGAACUUGAUCUUCUAUCUCUAGAUUCUGUCGUGAGAUUUGCUGAAGCUUAUAAUGCUCGUAUGGGACCUUUACAUGUUCUUAUCAACAAUGCUGGAAUAUUUUCCAUAGGAGAGCCACAAAAAUUUUCUAAAGAUGGUUAUGAAGAGCACCUGCAAGUGAAUCAUUUGGCACCUGCAUUGCUUUCAAUAUUACUCUUGCCAUCCCUUAUCAGAGGUUCCCCAAGCCGAAUAAUUAAUGUGAACUCCGUUAUGCAUUAUGUUGGUUUUGUUGACACGGAAGACAUGAAUGUCGUUUCACCGAAAAGGAAAUUCACAAGCUUAGUCGGAUACUCUAGCAGUAAGUUGGCACAGGUUAUGUUUAGCAGUGUUCUUCAUAAGAAGCUGCCUGCUGAAUCUGGCAUCAAUGUGGUGUGCGUUUCACCUGGGAUUGUUCACACAAAUGUGGCAAGGGAUCUUUCAAAAGUUGUUCAAGCUGGUUAUCGCCUAAUUCCUUAUUUUAUCUUCAGUCCUCAAGAAGGUUCUAGAAGUACUCUCUUUGCUGCCACUGAUCCUCAAGUUCCAGAGUACUGUGAACUCCUUAAAGCAGAUAAAUGGCCUGUUUGUGCAUUUCUUGCCCAAGAAUGCCGUCCAACAAAUCCUUCAGAAGAGGCCCACAACGUCGAGACUGCUUACCGACUGUGGGAGAAGACGUUGGAGAUGACGGGCUUGCACUCGGACGUCGUCGAGAAGCUAUUAGAAGGAGAUCAAAUUACUUGUCGCUAUGGAGCUGAUUCGACAGAGGCUAACUAAUGGUAAAUUUCCAUUCUUAGUAUUUGAUAGACACAAAUGAAUCUCACGAACGAGUCAUCAUACUUAACAAGAAACGAAAACGAAAACGAAGAUUUUGUUGUAUUAUUCAGUUGUUGAAUUGCCAUUAACCUCUUUGGCUGGCUCGUCAAAUGGAUUUGUAUAUUGCUGCGCAUUUGUGCAUUCCAUCACAGUACUUCGCCAGCACCUCAUAAUAAUUACAAUGCCAUUUAUCUUAUGUAUAAUACAAUGCCAUUUCAAGCUUA